CAACAACCUAUAAAAAUUUUUCAGACCCCAGUGCUAUGUACUGCUAGCCUGCACUUGCCCAGCUUUUCGAACGAUCCGUAUUCCAUCUGCAUACAAACUCUCGAAUCCGUUUAGCAAGAUGAUAACCCUUUGUCGCUACGAAUGUGAAGCCUGUCAUCAACACUUCGGCCAAGACCCGUCAAUAUACGAGCGCCACCUCCUCGAAUCCGGGUCGCAUCACUACUGCAAGCCAUGUCAAAGGGAGUUUGGAUCAGCAAAGGCCUUGCAAGCUCAUCUUGAUCAAUCCCAAAAACACAUGUGCUGCAGAUGGUGUCAAUCCGAUGUUGAUAACAUCCGCUCCCACAACCAGAAAUAUCAUACGCAAUGCCCCAGAUGUAAGGUGUGGUGCGCAAACAUGGAGGGGCUCAAGGAACAUUGUCUCCAAACUCACUCCGAUGUCUACUGUGCCCCGUGUCAAACGCUGUUCACCCAAACCAAUAACUUGAUCAUGCAUCUCCGAUCAUCGCUUCAUCAACCGAAAACCGUCCGAUGUCCGCACGCAUCGUGCGGGAAGGACUUUGUGAGCACCUCGGCGCUUAUCGGCCACUUCGAAGCGGGCACCUGUCCAUCGGGCGUCGAGCUGGAAGACGUCGACGAGUACUUUGGCCAUCAUUGCGACCCACAACAAUGGUUCGUGCGGAAGGAGUUAAUCUUCCCACAACGGGUCUGGCAGAUCCCCUCCGAUCAUCCCGGUCCGUUCCAAUGUCCACUCUGCAAGAAACAGUUCGACCAUCCCGGACAGAUCGAUUACCAUCUCAAGUCCCCCAAACAUAAGAACUACGGCCGUAAACCGUACAUCUGUCCCUCCAAACGCUGCGAUCAUGCCACGUUCUACUCCCUCAGUAGCUUGUUGCUGCAUCGUGAGACCCGUACUUGCGAGAUGGGCUACAGACACGAACUCCCCAAACUCCUGCAACGUUUGUUCAACAUCGUCGCACAGCUCUAGCAGCUCUCAUCCUACUCCCGUUCGAUCCAUAAAGGUAGUCUACUUUUAACCGACUGCUAUCUCUUUUCGAACCGGAAGACAUCCACUAAAUGUAGGCUCACAUUCCGAAUUCUUUUCUUGAUCGUCAAAAACAAAACAAACCAAAAAAUGUGUGUCUAAAUAUCUAUCAUGUAUGCCAUAAUUAUCUGCUUGCCACAUUGGUCCAUUGAUCAAACCCAGAAUUUC